CGCAACACGUGAAAUUCUCGACUAAUUACAACUACGCGACGCGCUUUGGGACACACAAUGUCAACCAAUGUUUUGCGAGAUGCAACAAAACAAUGGACAUGAUGAAAUAUGGCGCAUACUGCGAGACUAAAUACCCUCACAAAUGAUUUGAUCAGAUCCUUGACUGGUCUAGAUCCUGCAAAGAAAUGUGACGCUUCCAGAUUCAAGAAAGCAAAAGAACUAGCUGCACGAGAACUACGGACUUCUCAGCAUGGGCGUACGAAUCAAUUUGCUGUUCAGGAGCGGCUGUCUGGCUUGGAGGAGAAGUUUUUUGUGUUAGGUCGGGAAGAUUUGGCUAAAGCUAUCAAAUUUCGAUUGAAGGAGCUGGACAAGCAGAGGUUCAGAUGGACUCCAGAAUGUUUGUCACUCAUGCUGGAACUUUCGAAUCAGCCCGCGACAAAUGUAGAUCUCAAUGAGUUGGAGCAUUUGAGGCCUCCAGAACCUCAGCCAAUACUGACGUGGGAGGAGAUCAUUGCUGAUGAUCCCAUGGACGAAAAUGGUAUCUGGGAGGAUAUCGACUAUGUGGUUCCAUCUUCUGAAGACGAACUUGAGGAGGAAGAAGAGCUCCGUAAGACUGUAUCUACGGCCAUCAUGAAACAAGCAAGCGACAUCAUCGCUCCUGAUUCAUGUCUUCUGCCCAUGGACGAUGCCCAGACUCACUCGCUGACCAGAAAUCAGUUCUGGAGGUCUAAUGCGAGGCGAAACGAUGCCGAGGAUUAUGAUUCAGGCAUCGAUACAGAUGCCGAGACUACCAACAGCAUAACUGAGAUCCAAGCGAUUCGCGAAAUUCUUUUCAUGUUAGGAGGCUUGCCGACGUCAUUGUUUCGCGUAUAUAACAGUGAGCAACCAGUUGAGUAUAACGGUAACUUUGUCCUGAGUCACAUUUCUUCUGUCCAAUUUCGCGCUGUUCUGGAUGAGUUCAGUUCGAUAGGAGGGCCUUUGCUCCGCCUACGACAUUGGGUUGAGCAAGAGCAAAGUGCGUCUCUCCUCCAAACAUUCCAGAGUGCCGUAGAAGCGAAGCUCCACUCAUUCGACACAGAGCUUUCAGAACUUCACCAACAGCAUAUUCAAACCAAUGCCAAAGUCUUGGUUAGUCUUCAACAGCUGCUCACCAAAGUUCAACACCUGGCGAGACCUCUACAGCGCCUUUCCGAGGUCGUUGUCCGUGUGGCCGUGAAAUCAAGCCCUGUUCCAUAUGUGUUUUUAGAAGAACUGUUUGGAGUGACCAGCAUGGCACAAUUGCUUGGCGAGACCGACGUCUAUGAGUCUCUUGGGACUAUCUUCUUCCAAUGCUUUCAAACUUAUUUACGACCAAUCAGGCAAUGGAUGGAAAGCGGCCAGCUUAACCUAGACAAGGACAGCUUCUUCAUUGAGGAAAGCAACUCGAAAAUAGAUAUGUCUUCGCUUUGGCACGACCGCUUCAGACUUCGAUCCAACACCUUGGGUCAAUUAUAUGCUCCGAAAUUUCUUCAACCUCGGACGAAGAGAAUAUUCAAUACAGGGAAAAGCGUCGUGUUUCUGCAAGAGCUAGGACAAACCUCAGGGGCAUGGUCUAGCACAAGUCCAGAACCUCGACUAGACUUUGAUGCGGUCUGUUGCAAUGCUAAUAGCUCGGCAAUCGAGCCCUUUUCCAGUCAAUUCGACGCGGCCUUUGACGAAUGGAUCCAAAGUAAACACAGUCUGGCGUCUGAAAUACUUCGAAAGCAUCUCUACAUUAAUAGUGGGCUUUGGAGAGCACUUGAUGCACUUGAGCUCGUCUUCCUCAGCCGAAAUGGCGUUUUGUUGCAAACUUUCGCCGAUGCCAUGUUCGAAAAGUUGGAUGGCAAAACCAAUACAUGGAAUGAUCGUUUCGUCAUGACAGAUGUGGCACACCAGAUCUUUGGUGAGCUUGUAUGUGUAGAUGCUGAAAAGCUGACCGUUCGCACCACGGCGCCUAAGCACUCAGGAAGGACUCUCAAGAAUCUAGCGUCAAUCUCUAUUGACUACACCCUAUCAUGGCCGCUCCUAAACAUUAUCCCCCGAACUGCCAUCCCAACAUUCCAACAAACCACCCGCCUCCUCCUCCAAUGCUACCGCGCAAAAUACCUCCUUCAGCAACGCACCAUUCCCUUCCCAUCCCACUACAAAGGCCGAAAGGAUCGAACCACCCACCUCGCCGCCUACCUCCGCCACAGACUCAUCUGGUUCGCGGAUUGCAUGCGCUCCCACGUCUCCGAAAUAGUCCUGCCAAAGCUCACCUCUGAUCUCCGCGCCUCCCUUGCCACCGCCGACGACAUUGACGAGAUGGCCCUCGUCGUCGGCAGCUUCGUGUCCAAGCUGCAGGACCAGUGUUUGCUAGCCAAGAACCUGGCUCCCAUCAUGCAAGCCGUUGUGGGCAUCUUGGACCUCGCCGUCGCGCUUUCGGAUGCGCUGUCCAGAGACUCGCAGUCCGGACUCUUCACGUCGCGCAGGGUGCCGAGUAAGGGGAGUAUUGUGGGGAGGUCGGAGGCCAGUUGGCGCUCGCGGAAGCGUCAUGAUGAGUCAGACGAGGAGGAGGAGGAGGAAGAGGAGGGUAGUGAUGAUGAGGGGUAUAGUGGCGAUGGCGAAGACGUGCCGUCGCUCGGCACCCUUGUGGAGACGCUGGACAGGGCGCGGGAAGAGUUUGAUAGGUUGUUGCCGUUUGUCGUUGCUGGGCUGAAGGGCGUGGCUAGGGCGAGGGGAGGAUUAGAGUGGCAGUUGCUGGUUGAUAAGUUAGAUUGGGAGGGCAAGGGUGAUGUAUGAGUAUCGUAGCCAGCUUGCACAGGUCCUGAUAUCGAUAUGUUCGAACGUACCGCCACGAUACGAUAUGUCUAUAAAAGCUAAUAUGCUACAAGUCUAUGAUACUGGAUUUUUUUAGCCGUCUAUUCGGUUUGC